GUUUCCACAAUCUGGUACCUCUCUUCUAAUCUAAUGCUCUAAUGCUCUUCUCCUCCUCACUCUCCUCCUACCGCUCCUCUCCUCUGGUACCGCUCCCUCUCUCCUCUCUUUCAUGCUCUACCCCUCCUCGUGUUUUCAACGUGCUCUACCUACCUCAGUAGAAAGCCUGUUCUUGUUCACUCACUCUGUAAGCAUAACCCCCACUCUUCCUCUGCCUUUCCCCUUCCUCGUCAGGUAUACAGGAACACAUGUCUUUCCAUCUCUCCUCUCUGGACUUUCUCUGCUCCACUUUGUACUUUGCAUGUUGCUGUUGCUAUCUUGUCUGAGAUAUUUGUGCUGAAUACCGAGUUUGGAAAUUAUAAAAGGGGAUCAAUUCAGUUAAAAGAUAUAGAAUGGUAUAACAAGUAUGACAUGUCAUAAGAGAUUUUAUAUAAAACAAAUUCAAACUAAAUCGUGUUAUCUCAAUCAACAAAAACGUGGGUUUACAAAAACAGAAUCUGGGCAGCUGAAUGGAAAUUGUCCAUGAGUUUGUCUGUUAUUGGGGGGAAAGUGGUAUUAUUAUUAUCUAUACGGGGCUCCUGAGUGGCACAGCGGUCUAAGGCACUGCAUCUCAGUGCUAGAGGCCUCACUACAGACACCCGGGUUCAAAUCCAGGCUGUAUCACAACUGGCUGUGAUUGAGAGUCCCAUAGGGUGGUGUACAAUUGGGUCUGGCCGGUGUAGGCCAUUAUUGUAAAUAAGAAUUUGUUCUUAACUGACUUGCCAAGUUAAAUACUGAGAGAUGCUGACUCAACUGACUGCUGUGUGUGGGGUGCCACCACCUGGACAAACUAUGUUGUUGCUACCUCAUGUAUUAUUUGCUGAGAAAAUGCUUUCUUAUUUUCUUGUCAGAGAGGAAUACGUGAAAUGUGUGUGUCUGUGAGAGGGCGGUAGCUACUGUCGGCAAUGUGCAAGGGAAUACCCCUGCACAUUUACUCGGUUCUGGGUUCAGCUGAUUCCUACACUAGUAGACCCUCGGAUUCCGACGUGUCCCUGGAGGACGACCCCGAGGCGUCUCGGCUUGAAGCCGAGCGCCAGGCCCAACUGCAGCUGGAGAGAGCCAAGUCGAAACCGGUAGCAUUUGCAGUGAAGACCAACGUGAGUUACUGUGGGGCUCUAGAUGGGGACUGUCCUGUCCAAGGUGCUGCUAUCAACUUUGAAACCAAAGACUUUCUACACAUAAAAGAGAAAUACAGCAAUGACUGGUGGAUCGGUCGGCUGGUGAAGGAAGGGGCGGAUAUCACCUUCAUCCCCAGCCCGGUGAAACUGGAGGCCAUGCGGAUCAAACAGGAACAAAAACAGGCACAGAGGAAAGCAGCGAACACAUCGUCCAGCUGGAGGUCCACACCACCAUCUGCAGCCAAACAGAAGCAAAAGCAGACAGAGCAUCUCCCACCCUAUGAUGUUGUUCCCUCCAUGAGGCCGGUGGUGUUGGUGGGGCCAUCCCUGAAAGGCUAUGAGGUAACGGACAUGAUGCAGAAGGCCCUGUUUGACUUCCUGAAACACAGGUUUGAUGGGAGAAUCUCUAUCACACGGGUGACUGCUGAUCUGUCAUUGGCCAAAAGGUCUGUACUGAACAAGAAGGCCAUCAUGGAGAGGUCCAACACACGCUCCAGUCUAGCUGAGGUCCAGAGUGAGAUUGAGAGAAUUUUUGAGCUGGCUAAGACCCUACAGCUUGUAGUUCUGGAUGCAGACACCAUCAACCACCCAACACAACUCCUCAAAACAUCCCUGGCUCCUAUCAUCGUUUAUGUUAAGGUGUCCUCUCCAAAGGUUCUUCAGAGGCUCAUCAAAUCUCGGGGGAAAUCUCAAAGUAAACACCUCAACGUACAGAUGAUGGCAGGAGACAAACUAGCACAGUGUCCACCCGAGAUGUUUGAUGUGAUCCUGGAUGAGAACCAGCUGGAGGAUGCAUGUGAACACCUGGCAGAGUACCUGGACAUCUACUGGCGCGCCACUCACCUGCCCUGUUCCACCCCCCUCAACCCCCUAUUGGACCAGAGCGUGGUCACCCCGCCCUCUGCUAACUCCAGCCAACAGUUCUCAGAGACUCAAGAGUUAAUAGAAUGAUCACUACCUAGCUACCACAGACUCAGACCUGGCAGCCACUGCUGUGGUUCAGAGGUAAGGGGUCAGAAGUCCGAGGUCACUGGGGGUCACGGGGGGACCAGGGGUCGGCAGCCUUCGUUCCUGUCUGGAUAGGCACCAUCUCCACAGGCCUGCCCCUCUCAAUCCUGGAGAGGUAGAAGGAGGUGGAUGACAGGGGGACAGGGCAGCUUGCAUCUGAGAUAGACAGCAGGAGAAGGCGGUUGAGGAGCAGUAAGAGGAGCAUGACGAGGAGGAGGAAGAGGAGAACACCCCCCCCCCCCCCGAAAAAGACGGACCCCCACCUCCACGCUGCCCCCUGCUGGAGAGUCCUCCCAGAGUCCCCUGACUGAUCCCACAGCCACAUGAUGCUUCUCAGGGCCACGCACUGCAACAGCACUCAAAGGGAAAACAAAACAGAGCAGUGACCGGACCGCCAGCUUGACCCAGACCAAACCCUCUCGCCCCUUACAUCCCCAAACCUCACUCUUCGCCCCCACCCUAACCCUCAGCACUAUUAGCACUCAAAACCACUUAGCGAUAGCACCCAAACAGUUAUGUAAAACCCAAACUUUCACCACUGAACCAGCCCAUGUGUUUCCACUAAGGGCAGGCCUUUCCAGACACAGAUGGGUUGGUCCACGUCUGGUUCACACUCUGAAACAACAAAUGUAAUCUAAUGCUUAAUAAUGCUUAGACUGUUGCAUAGUGUGGCAUAGGUCUCUUCCUAAAAUCACUGUCCAAUCAGAAUUUAUGAAUGUGCUUAGAGUACAGUACAGUAGGGUAGAGUACAGUAGGGUAGAGUAGAGUAGCCCCCCACAAUCAACAACUCCUCUCUUUAAAGCUCUAAGGUUUCUUAAGCUUUCUAAAGAUGUACUGAGGAACAUGGCAAUGAAAGACAAUGACAUAUCUCCCAUAUUACUGGAUGGCUUCCGCCACCGCCAUUUUCUAUGAGUCGCGAUUUAAAGAUUGGACCAAAUUGUUUGCUGUAAUAAGGGCACACUGGGCAGUAGCAGAGUGCACCACCGUGUUCCGAUGUGUUCAGGCACCUGGUCAGUACCGUAUGUAAUGACCAGAACCGUUCUCUUCCUUUAUUGCUUGCGUUCUCUUGCUUGAUAGCUUGUUUUUUUCAUGGCCUGUUUGGUAUUGUGUUCCCGUAACAGACUGGUGUUGUAGGCCUUAUAUAGUGACACAGAGGAAUGAAGUAUGCAUGAAUCAAAGCACAUUAUCAAAGCACAAACUUGCACAUUGCCAUCUACAGCUCUUGUGUAUCUUUAUCAUGUUUCAACAGAAUGUAUCAACAGAAGGUCAGAGUAGCUGCGCCAUUAAAUUCACCAAUCAGAUCGCAGGCGAGGACCCAGGUGGAGGAGUCAGACCACACACGUUUGCUUGUACUUUUUUUGUUAUUUUUAUAACCAAAAACAUCAUCAGUACUUGAGGAGAUACAUUAACCAUCUGUAAGUUCAAAACGUUUAGGGCACACAGAAAAAUCUCCCUAAAACCAAUUCCAGUUUCUCCUUAAUGUAUUCUUGCAUGCCUUAUCACUAUACAGCCCACAUUACAGGACUUUACUGUAUCUCUCCUCCCACUGUUCAACCUGUCAGGAUCCAAUCUGCUCUCUCCUCAGACACUACAUUACACUCAAUUUAAGCAGUUAAUUAGCACUUCUGAUAACAAGUUCGGUUUAAGUUCUGAUAAAAAAAGUUUAGUUAAAGUCCCAGCGCUUCAAUGAUGAGUAGCCUAUAAAGACUAUGCUUCCACAAUAAUUCAGUUCUCAUGAAUUAUGAUGUAAAUCUACCUAUCCGCCUAUUCUACUGUUAUCAAAGAUUGUCCGUUUCACUUCCUGUUUUUCUUUCGUUGGGAGCGAGGGACCUCUAGUGUUGGGCUUGUGUUAUGACACCUGAAGUAACACGUUACUGAAUGUCAUCCAACGUAAUACCAUCGCCCAAAUGUCAACUCAUGUAUCUGAAUAAAAGAGAUAUAUUCACUAGUGAUACUGCUCUGCUUGAGGACAAGGAGAAUGAUGAUAUGUCGCAAAUAUGUAGAUCAAAAACUAUUUUUAUGAGCUUCCAACCCUUACAGGAGCUACAUGUACGUUUUCGCAUUGUAGUAAUACAUACCUGAAGCUUUCCCAAGCAAACAAGACCAUAAAUCACAGAGCAGGAUGCAUCUCACUAUAGAAAAACACUCACAUGCCAUUAAUUGAUCAUUAUUGCUAUAUCAUUACAAAACUGUAUAUGAAUUACUACCACAGUUAUUUAAUCAAAUGUAUGUGCAUGAUAUAUCAUAUUUAUUUUAGUAGAAAGACAUAUUUAUUUUACAAGUAGAAGGGCUUUUCAGGAUCAUAGUCAGUCACUGGAGCUUUUCACAUCUCAUUCUAAAGAGAAAAUGAACUGAUGACUUGCAUAGCCAAUUAAUUACAUGAUGUAUGCACUCUAAGGUCACUUACUUGUAUUGUAUAAUUAAUAUUCAUUCUCAGUGAUAACAAGGUGCACAAAAUCUAUAAACUGUUGACAGAAAAUCAUCUGGAAAAUGUACUGUAGGUCUACUUGAUCAUGUCUUCAAAGCCUCAUAAGCAUGCAUUUAUACAUAAAUUGUGUAUUUUCUCCCUUUUUAGUAUGAAAUGCAGAAUCUGUCCAAAAUGGCACCCUUUUCCCUUUUGCCAUUUUCCCUAUAUAGUACAAUAUAUAGGGAAUAAGAUGCUGUUUCAGAUGCAACCACAGUGGUUAUUUGGAACCAUCUCGAGCAUUGCCUCCAUUGAGCGAUCCCUAACCUAACAUGUUACAAUUUCUCAAAACUGUAUAAAGGCUGGCUUAUACUUCUACUUGGUCUAAGGAUAUGUCUGUAGACCACUAGAUGGCGACCUCAGACAGUCAGUCGGUAGACCUACUGUAACGCAACCUUGAGACUUGAGAACUACAAAACAUACACACCAACCAAGCACAGUUCCACCACUGAAACACAACAAUCAGCAUCAAUCCCAGUUGCAAAUAUUACAUUUUUCAUGCAGGUAAUUUAUAUAAAUAAUAAUAUAAGUAAAAUUGAUGGAUAUCCAAGGCACAAGUUUUUCCCAAUUAUCAAUGUCUAUUGUUUUGCUUUAGUUUUUCCAGACAUACCUAAAUUCUGUACGCAAUACAAAGUCUUCUAGCAUUGACAAGACAGUAGCUGAGACUAUCAAGACUUCUCUUCUGUUUAAGACGGGGUAAGAAUUGCACUAUUUUCAUUUUAUGUCUGCUUUAUAUUUAUAAUGCUAUAAAUGCACUAAAUGUAACUCUUCUGUACCCACCACCUACAAUACUGAGUAUGAUGUCUGGUGUGAUAACCCAUGUCUAUGACUUCAGAAAAGUCAACAAAUGAAAUGUCCUACUACUGUACCUAAUUAUGUACAGAAUGCAUCUGAUUUAAAUAACACAUGAAAAAUAAGAAACAAAAUAAAUAAACUGAACGUUUUAUUGAUGCUUACAAA